AUGGCCGUCCUGCGCCGAGUGGUGGCGCUCCUCCUGCGGACCUUCUCCCAGCUCUUCUUGCUCCUGGUCCGGGCCGCCUCCUUUUUCUCCCGGGACCCCCCGACCCCGGGACCGCCCCGUGACCCGCUGCUGCUCAUCCCGGCCACGGGGCUGGCGGAGAAGAUCCGGAGAGGAGAGCUAAAGAGCAGUGUUGUGGUGCAGGCCUUUAUCUCCAGGAUCAGAGAGGUGAACCCCGCUCUCAAUGCCUUAGUGUGUGACCGUUUUGAGGAAGCCCUUUGUGAGGCACGGGCAGUAGAUGAUUUAGUGGCUUCCAAGGCAGAGGACGAAGCAACGAUUAAAGACAAGUACCCUCUUCUUGGUGUCCCUGUAUCGGUGAAGGAAGCAUUUUCCUUACAAGGCAUGCCGCAAAGCUCUGGGCUGAUAUCUAGACGAUCAUUGCGCUCAACUACGGACGCGGUUGUAGUGUCAAGAUUAAAGGCAGCUGGAGCCAUUCCUCUUGGUGUCACCAACUGCAGCGAGCUGUGCAUGUGGUACGAGUCUAGUAAUAAUGUCUAUGGAAAGACCAGGAACCCGUAUAACCCCCAGCAUAUAGUCGGAGGCAGCUCUGGAGGAGAAGGCUGUAUACUGGGGGCCGCCGGAUCGGUCAUCGGGGUCGGCUCCGACAUCGGAGGCAGUAUUCGAAUGCCGGCGUUUUUUAAUGGCGUCUACGGACACAAGCCAACCCCAGGUAUUGUCCCCAAUGACGGUCAGUUUCCAAAUGCUCACGGGUCCCGUGCUGACCUCCUGGGUACGGGGCCCAUGUGUAGAUAUGCAGAAGACCUGCCGCUCGUCCUGAAGGUGAUGGCCGGGAAAACUUCUGAAAAGCUGUCUCUGGAUCAGGACGUAUCUCUGCGCAGUCUGCGGUUCUUCUCCAUGGAGAAUGAUGGCGGUUGUCUCUUUGUAUCUCCUAUGGAUAAAGAAUUGGUCCAAGCGCAAAGGCAGGUUGUCCAGCAUUUAGAGACGUCACUUGGAGUCAGCGUCCAACCCAUCAACAUCUACAACAUGCGCUAUUCCUUCCAAAUCUGGUCGGCUAUGAUGUCAUCAGGCGCGGACAAAGGAGAGAGUUUUUCAGAUUUGAUGUCUGAUGGGCAGCGGAUGUGGCCCGGUUGGGAACUGGUGAAAUGGAUGUUGGGUUUAUCCAAGUACACAAUACCAGCAAUAGGUCUGGCUCUCGCUGAGAAUUUGGCAAAUCUGAAUCCACAAGGAAGUGCAAAAAUGGUGCAAAAAGCCAAAAAAACUUGAAAGAGGAACUGAACACCUUGCUGGGGAACGAUGGAAUUCUCCUCUACCCUUCUCAUCCCAAGAUCGCCCCAAAACACCACCAACCUCUCGCUUGGCCUUUCAACUUUGCCUACACCGGUAAGUACUUUCCAUGGUCGUGCCAGUCACCCAGUGCCCGCUGGGACUUAGCCAAGCUGGACUGCCGCUGGGGGGGGGUCUCCUCCCAGUAUAACGACCAUCUAACCCUGGGGGUGGCCCAACACCUGGAAAAGGCUUUUGGGGGUUGGGUUCCUCCCGGAAACGUUUGA